AUGCACGGUAGACCGUGCUGGCACGCCCGCGCACAACCGCACCGCAUCCAAAAGAAGGACGUCACGUGUCAACGCACAUCCCCUCGGCCCGGAGCACCAGGCCGUGAGAUUUGCGCAGCCGAUAGUAAGUUGAUGAAGAGAAUACAAGGAAGAAGGGACAAAAUGCUGAAAUGGAACAAGCCUAUCUGCCCAAGGAUAUUUAAGAAGGUGGAGGGAAAUAAAGCCAAGGCAGGUGCUUGUGUGGCAAUGUGGUCAGGUGGAGCCAUAAAUUAUAAAGGGGGUCUUAAUGUCAUGGAUUUUGUGGAUGACUGCUAUUUGAAAACAACUUACUUGAAGACAUAUGAGAAUCUCAUACUGCCUAUGAAUGGGAUGGAUAUGUGGGAUAUGAGUGACUUUCCUCCAUGUCUUCCUCCUUCUUACUCUAAACAACUUGAAAGGCUACGAAAAUGUAGAAACAAAGAACAGGAAGAGCAUAAGGGCAAGAUGAAGAUGAGAGCAUCAAGCAACCAAUUUGAAACUGCAUUGUCUCACAUUCCCAACACACAUGACUCUCUCAAAUGUGGCCAAUGUGGUAAAAAAGGGCACAAUAAGAGGACUUGCCAUAUGAAUCUUCCCCCAAAAGCCAAACCUGCAACUAAGAGGAAGAUGAGUACUGAAAAAUACCCAGGUGGUGGUCCGAGCACCCUAAAGCAAAGAUCCAAGCCUCCAAGGCGUGUGCAAAAAGGGAAGCCAAAACCAAGUAAGAAAGGACAUGCCACUUCUGAAGCACAACCAGCCUUCCCUUCAUAUCCUCAUGCAUCAACUUCUGUUUCAACUGCAGGAUCAAAUGUUGUGCAUUGA